AUGUCAAAGAGACAAUCUAUAGAAUAUCAUCAUAAUAUAUCACAUUGCUUCUUAUCUUAUCCAUUUUCAGGUCUGAUACCGGCAGAGAUUGGCUAUCUUAAUCAACUUGAGAUUCUAAUAUUGUCAUUUAAUAGAUUUAGUGGAUCUAUUCCUUCCAAACUCCUCAACAUGUCAUCAUUGAUAAGCUUGUAUCUUGAAAACAAUAAUUUGUCAGGCAUAAUUCCAACAAAUAUGGGAUAUAGCCUUCCUAACUUGCAAGUGCUACACUUGAAUGACAACAGUUUUGUUGGAAAUAUUCCAAAUACAAUAUUCAAUUCUUCUAAGCUCAUUCAAUUUCAAUUAAAUAACAAUGCAUUCAAUGGAACGCUGCCAAAUAAUGCUUUUGGAAAUUUAAGGUUCCUCGAAAGAAUUCUCAUAGUUAACAACAAUUUGACAAUAGAUGAUUCUCUUCAAUUUUUUACUUCCUUGUCAAAUUGUAGAUAUUUAAAUUAUCUAGAACUAUCAAGGAAUCCUAUACUUUCCAGUCUUCCUAAGUCUAUUGGAAACUUAACUUGCAACAAAUUUGUGGCAGAUUCAUGUGGAAUCGUUGGUAAUAUUCCUUUAGAAGUUGGAAACAUGAGUGAAUUGAUACGCUUUUCUCUAUAUGUUAAUAAUAUAAAUGGACCAAUACCUGCUACAUUCAAAGGGUUACAAAAACUUCAGGUAUUGGAUCUUGGAUACAAUAAUGGACUACAAGGAUCAUUUAUUGAGGAGCUUUGUCAAAUUGAGAGGUUGAGUGAGUUGUAUCUAGACUAUAACAAGCUCUCUGGUGUUUUACCGACGUGUUUGGGAAAUAUGACUUCUCUUCAAAAGUUAUACAUAGGAUCUAAUAGUUUGAACUCUAGCAGCAUACCUUCCUCUCUUUGGAGUCUUAAAGAUAUAUUAGAAGUAAAUUUGUCCUCUAAUGCUUUCAUUGGUAAUCUUCCACUUGAGAUUGGAAACUUGAAAGCAAUUGUAAUAUUAGAUCUAUCAAGAAAUCAUAUUUCAGGCAACAUUCCUGCAACCAUCGGUUCUGUAAUAACUUUGCAGAAUCUCUCCUUAGCACAUAACAAACUGAUAUCCUUGGACUUGUCCCAAAAUAUGCUAACAGGUGUUAUUCCAAAAUCCUUACAAUCACUUUUGUAUCUUCAAAACAUUAACUUCUCAUAUAAUAGAUUACAAGGAGAGAUUCCUGAUGGUGGAAUUUUCAAAAAUUUCACGGCUCAGUCAUUUAUGCAUAAUGAAGCACUUUGUGGUAAUCCUCGCCUCCAAGUACCUCAGUGUGCUAAACCAGUGAAGAAAAGGACGAUUUCAAAGAAGUUAUUACUCAAAUGCCUAAUUCCCAUAGUUGUGUCAAUCUUUUUGCUUGUUGUAUGCGUAAUACUUGUAAAACAUAAUAAAAAGAAAAAGGUUGAAAAUACUCCUGAAAGGGGUUUAUCAACUUUGGGAGCUCCAAGAAGAAUAUCCUAUUAUGAACUUGUACAUGCUACUGAUGGAUUCAAUGAGAGUAAUUUACUUGGAAAAGGGGGAUUUGGCUCUGUGUAUCAGGGGAAGCUUCCUGAUGGUGAGAUGAUUGCAGUUAAGGUGAUUGAUUUGCAAUCAGAUGUAAAAUCAAAAAGCUUUGAUACAGAAUGCAAUGCAAUGAAAAAUCUUCGACAUCGGAAUUUGGUUAAGAUUAUCAGUGGUUGUUCGAAUCUUGAUUUCAAAGCAUUGGUGAUGGAGUUCAUGACAAAUGGAAGUGUGGACAAAUGGUUAUAUUCAAAUAACCACUGUUUAAAUUUCUUACAAAGGUUAAAUAUAAUGAUAGAUGUUGCAUCUGCAUUGGAAUAUCUCCAUCACGGUUCUUCAUUUUCAGUGGUUCAUUGUGAUCUAAAGCCUACCAAUGUGUUGUUGGAUGAAAACAUGGUUGCACGUGUUAGCGAUUUUGGUAUUGCCAAGCUGAUGGAUGAAGGACAAUCUAAAACACAUACUCAGACUUUGGCUACUAUUGGAUACCUUGCACCAGAGUAUGGAUCUAGAGGAAUUGUUUCUGUCAAAGGAGAUGUAUACAGCUAUGGAAUUAUGCUAAUGGAAAUCUUCACAGGAAAAAAACCAACAGAUGAUAUGUUUGUUGCAGAGCUAAGUUUGAAAACAUGGAUCAGUGAAUCAUUGCCUAAUUCAAUUAUGGAGGUCUUGGAUUCUAAUUUAGUCCAACAGAAUGGGGAACAAAUUGAUGACAUACUAACUUACAUGUCAUCUAUUUUUAGUUUAGCCAUGAAUUGUUGCGAGGAUUCACCUGAAGCAAGAAUGAAUAUGGCAGAUGUUACUUCGUCGCUAAUCAAAAUCAAGACUUCGGUUCUUGGUGCAAAUAGGUUGUAGUUAUUUUCUUUCCUACAAGUGGAGUUUAUUUACUUUUGUAAUGUUUGUGUAGGAUAUUUUUAGCAUUGUUUUUGGAUUGAUGUCUUGUUGCUUCAAUUUUCUUCGUUGUUGUAUGAGAUUGAAGUACAUUAUUUUCUUAA